AAAGCUCCUUAUACUCCAGUGGUGCCUUGAAGUCACUUUCUUACUUAUAUGGGCACCGUGUAGAUAGGGAACCUUACCAAUUUAGGAAUGGUUCAAUAGUGCGUGUUUUUGUUAUCCUGGAAGAUAUGAUUCUUUGAGAAUAUGAUUCCCUUUUCCUUCCAUGACUUCCCUUGAAAGUGGAAACGCGAAUGAAUUGCUUGUAAUGACGUGUAUUCUGCAUCUUUGAUUUUAUAUAUUCCAGAAAAUGCCCAACCACAAACGUAACCUUUUCAUCCAUCAUAAAUACCCAUCAAAUGUCUAAGCUAUGUAGUCAACUACUCGAGCUUCUUGCACUUGUUUUGAGUCUUUUGAGAUCAUCCGAGAAUGAGUGUUCAAGGAAAGCCUGCAUUAGUUGGCCCAUGGGGAGGCCAAGGUGGUCAUGCCUGGGAUGAUGGAAUGUUCACCACAGUAAGGCAAAUAAACAUAGCGCAUGGCUCUAGCAUAGACUCCAUCCAAGUUGAGUAUGACAAGAAUGGAAGCUCGUUGUGGUCUGAAAAACAUGGAGGAAACGGAGGCUCGAAGUUUGAAAAGGUGACACUUGAUUACCCGCAUGAGUAUUUGACUUCAGUACAUGGAACCUAUGGCAGCUAUGACAUCUGGGGACAUGUAUGUGUUCGGUCGCUUACCUUUGAGAGCAACCGCAAAAAGUAUGGACCAUUUGGAGUUGAGUCAGGCACAUGUUUCUCAUUGCCAAAAUCAGAGUCGAAGGUUACUGGUUUCCAUGGGAAGGCUGGUUCGUAUUUAGAUGCUAUUGGUGUUCACCUUCAACAAAUUCCUAAAGAGGAUAAUCCCUCCUCGAGAAUUGUCAUGCACUCACAUCAGAAUGUCCACAGUGGUGAUAAGGACUUCGAAUACUCAGUGAUUCAAGGAAGUGUAGGUCAAAACUUUGAUAUAUUUGUUGCACUCAAGAAGAAAGAUUCAACUUUGCCUUCUCAUCAACCCCGUGAACACGCAGGUGCUGAGAUCACCAAAAAUAAGGUGGUGACAGAUACUGAGAAGGCGCAGCCAAAAGCUGGAGGUGGUGCAAAAACAUAUGGACCAUGGGGUGGAGCCGGUGGAAUCGUAUUUGACGAUGGGAUUUAUACCGGUAUUAGACAAAUCAAUUUGUCACGCAGUGUAGGGAUUGUAUCUAUGAAGGUGUGUUAUGAUUCUAGAGGACAAGCUGUGUGGGGAAGCAAGCAUGGUGGCAGGGGAAGUUUCAAACAUGAAAAGAUUGUAUUUGAUUACCCAUCGGAGAUUUUAACACAUGUAACGGGAACAUAUGGACCGUUGAUCUACAUGGGACCUAAUGUGAUUAAGUCACUGACUUUCCAUACCAACAAAGGAAAGCAUGGACCUUUUGGAGAAGAACAAGGACCUUCUUUUACUCAUAAAACGAAUGAUGCUAAAGUUGUUGGAUUCCUUGGAAGAGAGGGUUUGUUUCUUGAUGCAAUUGGUGUUCAUGUUAUGGAUUGCAAAAUAAGUCCCCUCAAGCCAUCUCCUCACAAUGCAAUUGUUCCACAUAAUAACUCUGGUGUUGCGGUAAUCGAAAAUUCCCCAUGGGCUAACAAGCUAGUCCUUGCAGCAAACGGCCGUGGUGAAGAGUUUGAGCGUGGAGUCGUCAAAGAACCAACACCGAGCGGGCCUGGACCGUGGGGAGGCAACGGAGGUAAACCCUGGGACGAUGGUGUAUAUUCAGGGAUCAAGCAGAUAUUUGUAACAAGAGGAAAUGAUGCUAUAUCUUCAUUACAAGUCGAGUAUGAUAGAAAUGGACAAUCUGUUUGGUCCGUUAAACAUGGUGGUAACAAUGGAGUCUUCACACACAGGAUAAAACUCGAGUAUCCAAACGAGAUGCUCACCUGCAUUUCAGGGUAUUACGGACCUCUGAACAAUUCAGACAAAACUAACGUUGUCAAGUCUCUGAGUUUCUACACGAGCCGUGGCAAGUACGGUCCUUACGGUGAAGAGACCGGAACUUAUUUCACUUCAACUACAACGCAAGGAAAAGUGUUGGGUUUACAUGGUAGAAGCAGCGCUUACUUGGACGCCAUUGGAGUUCAUAUGCAGCACUGGCUCGGCAACAACAGUAAGCCUCAAUACAACAGAGCUUCCUGUUUCAAGGUCUACUGACAAUCUUGUCUGCACAAAACAAGAUAUGGUCGCAAGAGUUGCAAGUAAAAUAAACAUCGAGUUUCCUUUCCAGAUAAAUAACAUUGCUGUUUCUAUAAACAGAUGAACACCAAAAGCAAGAUAAACAAGAAGAGAGUGUAAAAUAAAAUGUAACAACAUUAGCAUCUCCAUGCUAAAUUCUGUUUAAUGAUAACUAUUUUGUUGUUCGUGAGUGAACUUUUGCGUGUUGCAACA